AUGACUGUCACCACAGCUUUCGGGAAUACCAUUCCCGGUACCAUUCCCGGUACCAUCCACCUCGUCGACCUGGACCAUACUAUGCAUGCUCAACAUGACGGCAGUGGUGAUAUCGUUCUGCAUCCAGCUCCGUCUAGCGACCCCGAUGAUCCGCUGAACUGGUCUCCUCGAAGAAAAUUGCUUUCCACGAUCUGUCACAGUGUGUACACCUGGUUUACCGGUAUUGCCAUAUCCACUGUCUAUUCUGUCCUGGUGCCAAUUUCUACAAAUACCGGUCUUUCGGUUUCCACUCUUAUUGAGGGCACUGGGUAUAUGUUCUUGUUUCUCGGAUGGGGUCUUCUUUUCUGGCAACCUUUUGCGCUGAAAUAUGGCAAACGCCCAACCUACCUCAUAUCAGUUCUGGGUGCUAUAGGUACAAGUAUCUGGAGCGCCUAUGUUAAGAGCAAUGGAGAGUGGAUCGCAAGAUGCAUUCUCAUGGGGUUUUUCAUUGCGCCAAUCGAAGCACUUCCUGAAAUCUCAGUCACCGAUAUUUAUUUCACCCAUGAACGUGGUAAGUACAUGGGCCUUUAUGCCUUCUCACUUGGAGGCAGUAACUAUUUCGCCCCGGUCAUCUGCGGAUUUAUAGCGGAGGGCCAGGGAUGGCAAUGGGUCUUUUACUGGGCGGCCAUCUUCCUUGCUGUGGCUUUUGUCUUCCUCUUUUUCUUUAUGGAGGAGACAAACUACAACAGGGGAGCUACUGGCGUUGUACUGACACCGUCACCGCCGCCUGAAGCAGCGAUUGGGAGCGAACAAGAGAAUAAAGACCUUGGCAAGAUUGUCCAGACAGAGAACGGCGAGAACGGCGAGAUCGAAGCUGUCCCCAAGACUCGGCUUCAAAAAUUGUCGCUCUGGAAACCCGAUCACAGUCAAAGUAUGAUCCGACGCGCCAUCCGGAGCCUGAGAUAUCUUGGCUGGCCUGUUAUCUUCUAUGCAGGCUUCAGCUAUGGCUCCUACUUGGUCUGGUUCAACGUGCUCAAUGGAACAACUUCGAUCAUCCUUGGAGGCUCGCCUUACAACUUUCCGCCUUCGAUGGUAGGACUGAGUUAUCUGGCUUGCAUUAUUGGUCUAGUCGGCGGUUGCGUUAUCUCAGGCCCUGCAAGUGACCGGCUGACAAUCAAGCUGGCUCGUCGAAACAAUGGCAUCAUGGAAGCAGAACAUCGACUGUGGCCGUUCUCAAUCUGCGUCGUUGGGAUCCCAGCUUCCCUAAUUCUGUGGGGAGUAGGGGCCGCACAUCACAUUCACUGGUUCGGUCUGUUGGUGGGAAUUUCCACUUUGACCUUGUGUAACACGAUUGGCAUCUCGCUCAGCGUCAACUACAUGAUCGACAGCUACCAUGAAAUUAGUGGUGACGCCAUUGUGACUGUGAUCAUCGUACGCAAUACCAUGUCAUUCGCCGUCAGCUAUGGCAUUAGCCCCUGGCUGACGAAUCUCGGAUACCAAAAUUGCUUCAUUUCCGCAGCUUUUAUUGGUAUGGCUGCUUCAUCUGUCUUCCUCGUAAUGAUCCUUUUCGGCAAGAAAGCCAGAAUUCGAAGCGCGGCCAGGUACUAUGAGCUAGUGAAUGUAAAUGGAGCAGAUGGUAGGGCGAAUUGA